GUCAGGUGGAUGGGGGGCUCCUACCCGCCCCCUGCUCGCACACCUCUGCUCGGGGCGGGGGCGGCCCACGGCUGCCAAUGGCGGCCGGGCUCGGCCGAAGGGGGCGGGCCCGCUGUGGAGAAGGCGGUGGCGGGCGCGAGGCACCUGCGGCCGGGCGGGUAGGCGGGGCGGCGGCUGAAGCUGAGGGAGGGCGGUGGGGAAGGGCGCGGCGCGGCAAUGGAGGAGCCCCUCUGCUGCUGCGAGUACGUGGACCGGCGGGGCCGGAGGAACCACCUGGCGGCGUGCUGCUGCGACUGCGAGGACCUGGACGAGGGCUGCGAGAGGUGGCUGACAUGCAGGUCCCUGCCCCCCGGCGCUCUGGGGAGAAUUGCCGACACCGUGGCGGACCGGGUGCGGGUGCCCUGGUUCGCAGGGGCCGUGAAGAUCAACGUCAGCCUUGUGCCGCCGCUCGUCCUGCUGCCCGUCUUCCUCCACGUUGCCGCCCUACACUUCCUGCUGGGGCUGGUCGUCCUGACGUCCCUGCCCGUCGUGGUGCUGUGGUAUUACUACCUCACCCACAGGAGGAAGGAGCGGACUCUCUUCUUCUUGAGCCUGGGGCUCUUCUCCUUGGGCUACAUGUACUAUGUGUUUCUCCAGGAGGUGGUUCCGCGAGGCCACGUGGGGUAUUCCCAAGUGGUUGCUCUCACGUGCGGGUUAAUUCUUAUGCUUACAGCCCUGUCUCGAGCCAAGACAGACCCUGGCUACCUUCCCAUCCCAGCAAGCGGCGAAAAGGCAUUGCACCAGGGUUUGCCCAGCAAGAGUGUUAGAGGGAGGUCCAAUGGGCUCCAUGCGUCGGGAGCUGCCAGUGGCCGUGCUGCGAAUGGUGAAGCUCAGGGCUAUUCCCGGAUGUCAGCUGAGGAGCCAGAAGGUGUGAAAAAGGACUGGUGUGCUAGAUGCCAGCUGGUUAGACCCGCCCGAGCAGGGCAUUGCCGGCUUUGUGGCAGGUGUGUGAGGAGGCUGGACCACCACUGUGUCUGGAUUAACAGCUGUGUAGGGGAGCGGAACCACCAAGCAUUCAUACUUGCCCUCUCCUUCUUCAUGCUCACCUCUGUGUAUGGGAUUACGCUGACCCUCCACACCAUUUGUAGGGGCCGAACUCCAUUUGUGGCAUUGUUCUACUGCCCUGGGGCCUAUUCUGACUACAGGCACUGUUUUGACUCCAGUUCAAGCUGGGCCUGGGAGACUUUGAAGAGACUGCUGUACAGAUGAUACCUGUGUGGUCGAGGUUUGGGGGAAAGCAGGUAAGAACUCUUAAGGGCAGCUGUCAGCAGGGAAUGGGGUUGGGAUAGGGGAGUGUGCAAUCACUUCAGGGUUCUGCAUUUGCUGUUGUACCAAAGUGAAAAUCCUCCCCGCUUCCCUGCACAGAAGGCAAGUCUGGCUGUGCAGCCACCUCCCUCUCUUGCCAAGAAAAGCAAGGAGCUGACAGGCAGGAGUGUGCCUGAGCUGUGAGUGUGGGCUGAUGACCAGCAUUAAGGCAUUGACAUCUGCAUCUUAACCAAGCACUGGAGCAGGAGGCUGUGCUCUGGCACAGCUGCAGGCUGAAGCUGUUUCCUUAAUCUUGAAAAGCUCUCUUACACGUCACCCUCCUGCUGGGAAAUGCUUGCAAGAGCUUUAAUCUUCAAAACACUAACAUCAUGCCAUCAUGCCUGGGAUUUUAGGGGUGUCUCAUGCAGUCAACGGGCACAGCCUUAUUGCUCUCAAGGAGGUAUGAGUUUUUUCAACCAGGUGUGGGUUGAAUGGGGAAAUUGAGGGGCUUCCCAUCCCUGCUUUGAUUCCCAUUGAUUCAGACCACAUUGAGUAUGAAUGUGCCUGAUCUUUGAACAUCAUCCCUAUCCUAACUGAGGCUUCAGCUCCACACUAGUGUUGAAUUAGCAGUAGGCAAGGGCAAAGGGGUCUCAAACACAGCUCCUCAGGGAUCUUCUUUUGGUUUCUUGCUGCUGGAACUGCCCAUCCCAACAGCAUCUUGCUAGGAGGAUCUUGCUCAAAGCUACUAAGAGUAGAGGAAACCCCUAGAAGAUGAGAAAAAGGUCAGUUUCAACAGUAGGUGUUGACUGCACUUCAAGUUCUUUGGAGUAUUAUUUUAAUGGAAGGUGAGUGGGUGCUGAGAUGAGUGGGAGCUCUGAGCCUCGAGGAUAAAAUGUGCAAGUGUGGCAUUGCUGGGGAAAGAAUCUGCAGUUCAGUAAACUGGAAGCACCCCUGCAUAGCCAGUUGUUUGGGGCACCCUUUUAGCUGUGAAAGAUGUUGAUUCAAUGCCUGCUUAGCCUCUUGCUAGGGUCAAAUCAGGCUGUGCUUGUCUGCUCUACUGCUCCAUCCUGCUGCUACUCCCCAUACAGCUUCUAUGUGUCCUGUCUCCAGCUGGCCGUAAUGCUGCCUUCUCUCUAGCUGAACAAGGAUGUGUUCUCCCCUUUCAUCCUCUAGCUCGCUAUCCUCCUUAUGCCAUGAGUCCAGGUAAAGGGUGGACUGGAAACAUUGCCUGCUCUCUUCAUUGCCCUGGUGAGGAGGAAGUCAGCUUAGGAAAAGGCCACCAGUAACAUGAAAGCUGUUCUGGAGGUGUUCCAGGAGCUCAUUAGGAACUACAUGGAGAGGCUUCCAAGGGGAGAGUGUGUACAGAGAGGAAGAGGAUUGCUGCUGCUGUGCUGCCACGGCUUGCCGUGAUUAUCACCGAGUGGCUGCUGACUGCACUGGGGCAUUAGUUCGGUAGCUCAGUCCCCAGCCCCGCUUCUCCCUGCCUUUUUGGCUCAGUGAAAGACACUACCCUUCUCCAGUCGCUGUUCUUCCCUACAAGACAACUUAUUCAGCCCUCUCUCAGCUUGCUGCUUCCUCUCACAAUCUGCCUUUUAAUGCAGCCAGAUGGUCUGUACUCGCCCACACUUCACGCAGGCACCUUCAGCUCCCUGUGUUUGGAUAGUGUGCUCAUCUGACCUUCUGGUGGUCUGGUCUGCGUCUGCCUUUGGGAGAUGGUGAGUGCUCAUGUGUUGUAGAGAAUGGCUGUGGGAGUGACAGUUGUCUUCAUACAACUUCAGAUGGAGAAUCUGCUUGACAGACUGGGUUGUGUGUGCAGGAGGCUCUCUGACCACAUUCCUAUGAGCUAUGUGCAUGGAUGCUAAUGCUCUGAAGCCUGCUGCUGGGCACCUGUCCUGUACUGCUUCA